CAGUUCAGGCGGGAGUGUGGCACAGAAAACAUCUCGCUUUUGAGUAAAGAUGUAGCAAAAUCAUCCCGUUAUUUACUGCUCCCAUCAAUAGUUAUCCAGGAACACAAACAUAUAUUUGUGAAGUGGUCCAGACUCGCAGCAUCCAAAUGCUUAAGCUUGCAAAUGGAACAGAUGUUGAUAGCCAAUUCCAGCUGUGGCCAAAAACAUAAGCUUUAUGUGUGCGGUUGUGUGUUUAGAGUUAUUCCUAAAGUUGCAUAACUUUACAUGGACACGAAAACAAAGCCAUAAAUAUACAUACAUAUGUAAAUGCUGACACACAUACACACUUACAUAUGUACAUGCAAGCCCAAAUAGUGUGCAUGUUUGUAUGUCUGCUGACUGUUGCAAUUCGGAGCUGGGCGUUGAGGUUUGAUGUUGACUGCUCAGUUUGUUUACCACUGCAGCCAUGGAAACGUGUCGCACCUGUGCAAGGUGCGAUUUCGAAAAUGGCAACAAUUAUUGGCUGGAUAUGUUUCAUCCAACGCGCUGGCAGAGUGAAAUGGCGCAAAUUCGCGCAGAGUUUGUUAACUGGAAAUUACAGAUCUCUCCAAACGAUGGACUCCCACAAAAAAUUUGUAGCGAUUGCUUUACAAAGUUCUGUUCCGUUUACACGUUUCGCAUUGCUUGCCAGGACGCACAAUUAAAGCUUUCGAAUAUUUUUGAUAAAAUCGAUGCUAACUUACUAUAUGAUAGACAUGAAGAAAGCAUUGAAGUUGAAGCUCAUGAUUCAGAAGCAACAACGAAAAUAUAUACAGUAGCAGAAACAGCAACAACGACAACAACAGAGACCACUGCCAUUAAUGCGGACAAAUCGCCCGCGCCCAUUGAAAUCUUUGUGGAAACCAUUAGUAUUAACGAAAGCGAAUCCUUGCAGGCAGAAGAUAAAGAAGCCAACUUAGGCUCAGAUUGUAAUUUAUUGAAUAUAAGCUAUGCUUGCAAGUUCUGUUACAAGCCGCAAGAAAGCUACGAGCUACAGCAUUUGUUACUAGAGCACAUCAGCGUCUGCCACGAUCCAGAUCAACCCUACAACUGCCCGGAGUGCACUGAAUGUUUUCAAGACACAGCAUCGCGUACCGUCCACAUGAAGAGCGUUCAUGUAGUCAAGCACUAUGCCUGUGAAGUUUGCGGUAAAAAGUACGGAGACCGCCACAAUCUCGACCAUCACAUCGAGAAGUACCACUCGGACACGGACUUCGAGUGCAGCAUGUGCGAGAAGCGAUUUUUUACGCGCAAAAGCCUCCACUACCACAUGAACUGGCACAAGCCGGAGCGUCAGCUCCGAUGUCGUCACAACGGCUGUGACCGGCUGUUCAUCAAUCAACGACAUCUCAUAUGUCACGAGGCCACCCACACAAAGGGCUCCCGUAAGAGCGAGUAUUGUGGCUUUUGUGGUAAAGCAUUCAUACAUGUAAAAACCCUUCGUUGGCAUAUCUAUCGACAGCAUGGCGGAGAGAAGCCUUUCAAAUGUGCCAUCUGUACUGAGGUGUUUGCCUCCUAUGUGGAGAAGCGCAUUCAUAUGCUUGAGAUGCACACCGAAAAUCUGACGCAUCAGGAGCGUAGCGAGUGUAUGUUUCAGUCCUGUCGCCAGGAGUUUGAUACGGAGCAGGAGCUCAUCCAACACAUGACCACGGAGCAUGCUCAGCGUGAGAGUUCCUCAGCUCCGAUCAUUGCCAACAAUAAGCGAGUGAUCCAGUGCAAACGGGAACGACAAUAUACGGGACUCUUUCAGUGCAGCAGCUGCACUCAACGUUUCAACAUGAAGUCCGCCUUGGAGCGUCACAUGGCUGUCCACUCAACGGAUCGGCUGCAUGCCUGCUCGCACUGCUCCAAGCGCUAUAAGCGUGCUCAGGAUCUUAAGUGGCAUAUGAAGACCCAUGCCAAUGUAAAGCCUAAUGUGUGCGAUGUAUGCGGCAAAGCUUUUGCCUUGAAAUAUGUCUUGACUCAGCAUAUGCGAAGUCAUGAAGUUCUUGAGAAGAAUUUCAAGUGUGAGACCUGUGGACGGGCGUAUUUGUUCGAGAAGUCAUUACGGUUGCAUCAACGUGUACACACAGGCAAUACCUAUUAUAAAUGCGAUCUGUGCCAAGAGCGAUUUGUCACUCAUAUCAAAUUUAAAACUCACAUGAAGAAGGCACAUGAUGGCGACCAGUCGCAUUCAAAGGAUACGCUGGAUGAUUUGAUCAAUAUUGUGAUUAACUAAAUUGUACCAAUGAUAUAGAAUCCAAGUGGAACAGCAGAAAGAAUACUAUACAAUUAUUCCAUUAGCAAAGCAUCAAAAGAAACACUAUGAUACUCUAAGGGUGAAACCGCUUUUAAAAAGUCACGCCCAACAAAGAAUUUUUAAAUCGUAGACCCUCCAUUAAAUCCUAUCAUAAGACUACUCUCAUAUAUUUAGCUAUACACAUUUCAAUAUGCAUCAUGCACAGGGUACGGUUGUAUGAAAGCUUUAUGCUCUGUAGGCAAAUUUCAUCAAACUAAAUCUAUUUUCCUUAAAAGCCGCAUUUAAGCUCACAUGAUAAGUAUUUUGUCCAUCCAUUUCUUUAAUCUACAAUACCUACAAACAUACAUAUGUCUAUGUCUCUCACAUAAUGCACAAUACAUGACCAUUUUAGUGAUAGAAAAAUGUUAUAAAAAUGUAUUUAAUAUAAUGCUCAAAAAAGAUAUUGCAUUUAUUUA